UAAACCACCGGAUAUGACGUUUAAAACACAAACGGUCGGUUUUGUUCAACGGGUUAGAGUUCUCCUCGAAAAAAUGGAGCAUUUAGCUGUUAUUUCCUUUUAUUUAUAACAUAACUAAGCUUUUAUUUCACGCUUUAACCGUGGGAUUAGGUUACAAUGGUUGCUGCGGCUCGAAAGGAACGGGUUUUGGACUCCGAGAGAAGUCAUGUUAGCCUAAUUAGCAUUCAGACUCGCUUUUGUGAAAGUGCCCGGUAGCAUUUUUAGGAAAAUGAAGAGAAAAGUGUCGAAAUUAAGAUUGAGUCCCAACGAAGAGGCUCGUAUAAUCCGCGAGGAGCUUGACAGGCGGAGGAAACUACGGAUCCAGCAGGUGCGGGAGCAGCAGCGGCAGAUCGCGCUGCAGAUCCGGCGGGAGGUGGAACGGCGGCGGCAGCAGGAGCUGCGGCAGCUGGAGGAGCGGCUGAGGGAGGACUGGGAGAGGCGCCAGAGGGAGAAGCUGCACACGCUGCAGAGUCUGUAUCUGGAGAGCCUGCAGCUCAUCGGCCAGAGCCACAGGAGCGCCAAGGAAACCGAAGCUGACCUGGCAGCUGCAGCUCAGAGGGAGGAGGAGCAUCAUGCUAAAGCAGAGGAGCGUUACCGUGAAGCUCUGAAGGAACUCAAGAUCCAAAAGACUAAAGAGCAGGAGAGACAGAAACGAUCCAUCAAUGCGAGGAAGAAGGCGCUGCAGACGGAGAAGGAACGAUCAACUAAAGUGGCCAGACUCCCGCCGCCUCCGCCUGAUCCCAUCCAGGACAUCGAUCCCAGGAAGUCCCACAUGGUGAAGAGGUCGGAUCUGAACGCCUUCGCUGCCACGCACUAUCACAUGCCAGAGAGCGCCGUGGAGAAGGAGCCUGAGGCGGCACAGCCUGACGCCAGACUGGAAGCUGACCUGGAGUCCAGGAGGCUGCAGGAGCUCCAGAGGGAGGAGGAGAGGAGGAGAGAGGAGCAGCUGGAGAAGGCCCGGGUCAGAGGGAGGCAGGCCCUGAGGAGGGAGCAGCUGGAGCAGGACCGGCAGCGCCUCCUGGUGGAGCUGCAGCACCUGCAGCAGACCGACCUGCUGCGGCGAAGGCAGCAGGUGUCCCAGAUGCCGCCUCAGAUAUUCCAGCCUCUCUACCAGAGGCAGGAGGCCAGAGAGGAGCUGCAGAGGGAGCUGGAGUUCGCCUUCGAGGACAUGUACACCGGAGAGAGACGGGUUAAAGGUGAUCUGGUGGUCCAGCUGGUACCGGAGCCUCUGCCAGCCUCAUCCAGCACCGGCCAGGACCUGGAUCUGGACCCGGACCGGGACCUGGAUGUCACUGUGGAUGAAAACUCCGAACCCGAGGCAGAAAAUAUUCAGAAUGAAGUUGAAGGAGAGCAGGAAGCAGCAGAUGGCGUCACUCCUCCCAGACAGGCGCUCCGGAAACUCCUGGAUCGGAUCCGGAGCCAAAGGACCGACUGGAUCAGCGGCAGCAGCCGGGUUCCUCCGUCCGUCGACUCAGAGCUGAUCCCAGAGCGAGACAUGAGCAUCGAAACCGGAUCUCUGACCCCCGAGGCGCUCGCUGUGGAACCAACAGAACCGCCACCCGCAGCAGAACCUUCACUUCCUGCUGGAUUUCUGAGCAGAAUCCAGGAAGCCGAAGAAGAACGGAAGAAGCGGGAAGCGGAGCUGGAGGUGGAGAAGCAGCAGCAGCUCGCUCUCCUCCAGGAACUGGAGGAGCAAAAAGCCGAGCUGGAGCAGAUGCUGCAGGAGGCUCAGAGGGAGAGGGAGCAGCUGAGAGCUGCCGCCCAGCAGGAGGCGCUGCUGCUCCAGCCACAGGUUCCUGACCAGGACCGCGCACCGGCCAGCUUAACCUCUGAGGAAGAAGCGGUGGCUCCUGCACAGGAAGACGUUUCCACCAGGAGGCUCAGACAGUACCAGCAGCGCCUGCUGGAGCAGAACAGGAUUCACCAGAGAUCCGUGGAAGUGGCCCGGCAGCGGCUGGAGGAAUACCAGCGAGCUCUCCGGAUCCGCCACAACCUGACCGCCGCCGCCUUGCUGAGGCCUCCCGUUCACCCUGCGUUCCUCGCUGCCCCGUCUGACAGUCGCCCAGCGACGCCCUCCGAGCCUUCAGACGUGUCACUUCCUGCUUUCAGCAGCAGCGCCGACUCCAGCGUACCGUCGGAUCCGUCCGUUACGAACUGGUUCAGCUCACUGAGACCAGACGCUGCUCCGCUCGCCGACAGCCAGAGACCCGGAGCUUCGCCGGUCGCUGCUCGCGGCUCAGCCGGCGCCUCGGCCACCUUUGACCCGAUGACCUCCAGAGACCACAGGAGACGGGAGCUGCAGGCGGCCCAGAGACGGGUGGCGGAGCAGAGGGCGGCGCUGGCGCUGCAGAAGGAGCAGCAAGAGGAGGAGCGGCGCAGAGCAGAGGAGGAGCUGCAGCACAUGAGGAGGCAGAAGGAGGCGCUGCAGGCUCUGAUCGACGCCGAUGGACGAAGCGGUUCUGAUUCUCCCAGUGACGCUUCGGACCCACAGGAAGCCGAGCAGAAACGGCUGCAGCUGCUGGCGACUCUGCUGAGAGCCAUCGAAGAGUCGAACGGAGGAAGUCUGUCCCACCUGGAGGAGCCGGAGGAGGGAGACGACCUGAGAGGAGCAGCUCCUCUGGUUCCGAGCGUCGUUCCUCCAGAACCUUCUGGACUCCUCCAUCCUCCACGGACGCAGAAGCCUCCAGUGACUCGGGUCAAACUGGGUUUCAAGUGGAUGAUUCCUCAACAACAUGAGCUCAGCGCCAUCCAAGAGGUGGAGACUCCGGUCAACAUGAGUCGGGUUGCAGGCUGUAGACCCGAUUCUGCUGAACGGCGGCUCGCCUUUUCAGGCCCAGAAGACGACGAUCCUUCACACCUGCAGGAAGGUUCAGGAUUUUUCUCCACGUCUGACUGGAUUCUGGAGUCUGGCUCCGUCUCCAGCUUCAGACCCAGUUCUGCUGGGAGGCGGGUCGCCUUUUCAGGCCCAGAAGACGACUUUCCUUCACACUCAGCAGACUUCAGCCUGCGGUGCGGUUCUGCCAAGAGACGGGUCGUCUUUUCAGACACUGAAGACGACGCGCGUUCCCGCUCAGCAGACGGAAAUCUGCAGGAUGGUUCAGUACAUGACACCAGGCAGUCUGGGUCCGUCUCCAGCUGUAGAUCGGACUCGGCUGGGAGACGGGUCGUCUCUUCAGGCCCAGAAGACGACGUUCCUUCACGCCUAUCAGACGUUAAUCUGCAGGAUGAUUCUGCUGACAGCCGGGUCGGGUCGGAGACCUCCUGCCGCCUUCCCUGGAGGGAGCGACUCCUGUCUGGGGCAGCAUCGACUCCAGAGUCGUCUGGUUCUGAUUUGGCCAUGAAAGCGACGUCAGCGCCUUGUUCUGAUUCUGGAAGAGGAGCCGACUCGCCCGGUCCUGCAGCUCUGAGCUCUAGAUCCCCCUCAGAGACACACCUGAGUGAGUCUCCAGUUUUGCCUCAGGCUCUCUGCAGGCUCGCCGGCUCCGACUGCCUCUCCUCCACCACCAUCUCCAGCGGCAGCUACGUCUCCACCGACCCGGAGCAGAAUGUCGCAGACAACCCUCGGCUCUCCAACCCGACUGGACCGGGUUCUGGUGCCGUUUCCUGUGCGGAUUUUCCGGACUCGUCCGUCUCCGCUGGUCCGCCUGUUGACUCGGUGUUUAACGACAGCGUCAUCCAGCGCAUCAUCGAUAAAUACACCAGAGAGCUCGACGUCUUGCUCAGCGCCGCAGGAACGACGACAGACAGCGACGCUCUGGAGGAGUCCGGCUCUUUGCUCUCUCAGCCGUCCAGGACGGAGGAUGAGACGUCGGCUCGUCGUCGGCUCGUCCAGCGCCACCUGGUGGCCGGCCACGACCCAAACCCGGAGCAGAUGACCUCUGGUCAUCCCACCCUGGAGCGUUUCUGUCCCGUUGACCCGGAGCAGAACCCGUCCUGCGUGGCUCCAGAGAGGCUCUCGGUUCUGGAGCGGUUGGUCGGCCAGCCGUCGGCUCAGUCCUCCAUGAUCGGUGCCAGGCCCGGUCCGCCGGGUCGGAGCGGCUGGGACUCCACUCUGAGCCGGAUGAUCGGCCGCCUGUCUCAACAGUCCGACAGUCCGGGUUUCUGGGCUGGUCAUGACACGUCGGAACCGUCCUGGUCGGAUGAGCUGCCAGAGGAGGUCCAGAUGAGGGUUCUGGUCGGGGAGCUGCAGGUCUCUGCCGAUCAGCUCAGUGAAAGCUCCGGUGGACGAAGUUCUGCAGCCGAGUCCAGAGAAACAUCAGGACUGCAGCGCCGCCUGGCUCAGAGUCCACCCGCCUCGAUCCCGGUGCUGCAGAACCAAGCCGGGCUGGAGGACCUGGACCCGCACGGCGCCGACGAUUCGUUCCACCCGCUGCACCCAGAAAUCACCCACAACGAAACCGCUGACCCCCCUGUGACCUUUCACCUUCCUGACCUCAACACAUCAGACGAUCCGUCGCUGGAGCAGCUGAGAGCGGAGGAGCCGGACGGCCACAGAGACGUUGAGGAGUCCUUCUCCCGGCUCGUCAUCUCCGAGUGCGUCCAGCAGGACGGAGUCCUGACACCGCCCUGCGUGUCCCACAUGUCCCCCGCCCUGCGGACGCCGCCCUGCGGGUUCGGGGAAGCGUCCGCUCUCGGCUCGUCGGAGGCAGAAUCCUCCAGAGUUUCCGUCCCAGUCGGUGAAGGUCAGGAUUUCUCCAGCUCAGAAAUCACACCGGAGUCGGACGGGGAGAGAGGCAUCCUGGAGCAGUCUCAGAUCACGUUGGUGAGUCUGACGGACACGACGCUCCAGGAUGCGGUCGCCACGGACGACGAGGGACUGCAGGACGGUCCAGACAGCAUCGCAGAUGGACAGGAAACCAUGGAAACGGAGCCAACAGAGGGGGCUGAAACCACGUUGGCUCAUCAGACGCCAUCAGCGUCCCUCCUGGAGUUCCUCUGGAGUCCCAGCAGGAACCAGCAUGACGUCUUCCAGCGGCGGCGCCGGGUUCUCAUGCAGCGGUCCGACCACCGCGUUCAGGAGAUCAAAGCCAAGCGGGCCGCCGCCAGGAACGGACCCCCGAGUCGGGUUCUGGUCGAAGGACGAGAUGCAGGUAGAGCCGAGGUCCAGACCGUCCCCAGGAAGGAGACGGCCGAGUCCCAGAGCACGACGGAGGACAGGAAGAGAGCAGAGAGGAAGCUCCGCCCACCUCCACCAGGUCGCCGCUCCGGUCCUCACAUCGGAACCGACGUCCGGAUCAGCGAUCCGGAUCAGAGGAAGCGGAACCUGUCAGAGAUGCACCAGCGGACCCAGAGGCUGUACGAGCAGCUGGAGGAGGUGAAGCAGCAGCGAGCGGCCCGCAGCCGGCAGGAGGACUGGGCCAGGAACCGGCUCAGGGCCAAGGAGUUCCACAGGAAAACGCUGCAGAAGCUCCGAGCCAAGCAGACGCCAACGUUUUAAUUUAUCACCUUUAUUUAAUAAAAACUCAGAUUUUUUUAAAGAUU